ACACAAUAUUACAAUAAAUAUUACACCAAUUGGACAUUUAAACAACAUGUUGCAAAUGUAGCUCGUCUUGGCGAACAACAGUAGCCGCUUUAAAUGACGUCAAAGAUUCAGACGUUUUGCAAAUCGUAGGGCCUGGUCAAUCAGAUCACCCGAACAAACCUCGAGCGAGGCUUUGAAACCGUCUAUUGUGGGCACUUCUUUCCACCUGGGCGGGCACAUUACACCAGUAGGGGCAGGUGCUAGAUUAGGUAGGCUAACCGCAUUGCAAAACUAGCGACGAAAAAUACCGUUGGAGACGCGCUGCCCGAGUCGAAAGUCAUUACCCAACCGACACUCCAAUUUGUCCCGUGGUAUUAGCCACGCGAAACGGAGUGGGAGGGGGAAAAUAUGCAUGGAGCUUGCCAUCGUUCAAAUCGUUUCAAAUCUUCUUUCGAUCUCCACUUACUGAUUCUGAACAACAUAUCAAAUUCUUUCGACUUUCUUCUUCGUAUCAACCACACCGCGUCAACCUUGCCCAAGGCGGCAGGGUGCUUACGUGGGGAGACUAGGGCAACGUUGUGACAGAGCUCUAAUUGUUUGAGUUCACUUCGGCAGUUUAGCCUCACGAUACGACAUCGUUUGUUCUCACGAUGGGGUCCAAGGCUCAAUCCGACGUCACGCCUGCCCAGGUUGGGUUUGUCGCCAUCUACAAUCCCAGCCUGGGGGCGACGGAUGAGACUAUGGAUGACCAGAUUGUCUACUAUGCAUCCGUCAUUAUGGACACCAGCAGAUCGAAGCGACGCAAGUUGCGUUCUCGUCUAAUCACCAGCUUGACCCAAGAGGAGCGUAACGAGCGCCUCCGCCAAAUAGGCUUGGCCCAAGGAAUGGUUGAAUUUGGGAGGAGCUUUUCGGGCGAGCGGCCGGUCGACACUGUCGAGACGGAGAAGUCGAGGGUCAUUAUGCAUGAGCUGGAGCCGGGCUGGUGGAUUCUUGCCUCGAUUGAUCUCACCAAAAUACCGGCCGCCACAGGCAAACAGACCUCUUCAGCCGCUUCUGCGAAGGGCAUAUCAGAGGCUGGAAGUGCGCAGGAUAAUUUCGAGUACUCCUCGAAGGACGUCAAACCUGCAGCUCUGCUACUUCAAGAUCUAUUACGGUCGCAUUGUCUUUUCCUGCUGCAUCACGAUUCAUCCCUCAGCUCGCUUUUUGUGCGGGCUAAGCGUACCCGGUUCAUCGCUUUGCUAAGCCGUUACUGGGAUCGUUUUCUUUCAACUUGGAACGUGAUGCUGCACGGCAACCCGACUGUUAACAUGUUUGGAGGCAUCAAGCUUGCUGCCUCUGGCGAGCUUGGCGUCGGGGUCGGAGAAGAGGAGAGAGGUAGUGGGGAACGUGAAGUUCUCGAGGGCCUAGUCGGCAGGAUCGAGGGUCUAGUUGACAUUGUCGUCUCAAAAUUUGGCACGUAUGAUCCAAAUACACCAAUACCUGCCUCCUCACCAAACAAUCCCCUGGCAGGCUUAGCACAAGCGACGGAUCAGUGGCUGGGCACUGGACAGGAACCUGGUGCCGAAGAUGGAGCUAUUUUUCUCGGGACAGGGGCCAUCUCGCGGCACUCUCUGAGAAAUAUCACCCAGUGGAUGGAAGACAUAUACUCAUGGGGAGAAAAUGCGUAUGGCGUUCAUGAAAGUUCCACCUCAACCAGAAGGGCAAAACCGCGGAAGAAACGCGACGCACAUGUGGAUGAGGUAGCUUCAGAGCCUGUUGUAUGGCCACCACCUCCCGUCACCGAACUGGCCAAACGGUCAAAGCCCCAGGCUGCUUCGGCGAAUGCUCCUUCUCCUUCACAAGCCCAGCAGGAUAGCUCAAGGGCCGGCACUGAGAGCACCGUUCCAAAUCCUGAGCAAGGGGGGGAUCAUGAUGGCGCACACACAUACGCAGAUUAUUUCAAACUUGGCUAUGGCAAAUAUUGGUCCAUAGGGAGUUCGUCCACACCCAAGGUGGGCGAGACAUCUGCGGAUUCGAAGGCUGGAAACAACAACAUCAACCCACAGCCUGCCACGGCUCACAAUCCUCCAAGACCGUCUGCCUCUCGACGGACGUCUGCCGAGGACGACUCUAUCGGACGCUUUAUCAUUGGGCUGAUGGGCGACAUCGAGGAGCAUGAAACAAGUAGCGAUGGUGAGGUUUCGUGGCCGGACGACGGCGACAACAACUCUCGCACUAUGCUUAGAACCCUGACGGUGGAGCUCGAAGAGUCAGAGGACCGCAAGCGUUCAGAGUCGCAGACACAGAGGGCACUGGGUAGCCAUGAUACUGAACUGGCACAAGACCCAGUCGACAGGGACUGCGGGCGCGAUGAAGGCCAAAGGACACCGAGUAGUGCCGCGGCUGCAGCAGCUCGACCCGCUGCGUUCAACAGCCAAGAUCGCAACAAAGUAGAGAAGAUGCGUGUUGUAAUUUAUGUCAACAGGCCCUUCAUGUUUACCUUUUUGUUCAAGUUGCGAACAGACUCGCUCGCCUGGGACCGCCUCUACAAGUCGCUCCACUAUCAACUAUCUCCCUUACGGAAGCAUUUGCUCAAGUCGACCACGUACAGGGCUGCAAAGCCUGAUGUUGGCGCAUCCAAGGGCGGAGCAGCUGGUUCGGCAAACGGCGACAUCUACGAUCUCAUAUGGGACCCCAAGGCCCUCACAGUGCAGUCAACUAUACCAACAAUUCCGGAUCCGACAUCUAUAGCCGCAGCCGCCGUUUUGGCCAAAGAGCUCCCCAUGUGGUCAAGAGCCGAGGCUAUCAAUACCCAUACUCAUAUGCUGAACAUGUACAUAGCCACGCGUGGAAAUCAGUCAGAACUCGAGCGCACAUGCAAGACCAGCCGUGGCUGGUGGGUUUUCUGGAGCCGGAUCUUGGAUCGUAAAGGCUCCACUCCCACAGCCCAAUCACCCUGGGGAACCAUUUCGGAGACGACAGACGAUUCGGUCAUUCACGAAGAAGGCAGUGAUUCUGGGGAUGCCUCAGACGACACCAAGAGGCCAUUUUAUCCACAGCCACCCGAGGUCAGCAACGAGAUCUUCCUGCUUCGCAAGGCCAGCGACCAUCCCAGCAAUACGGGAAGUGCAGGACCCUUCAGGAACGUCAGCGCCUCCUCGUCGGCUGGAGGGUGGGCAGACGGAGCAAGUCGGAUUGCACAGGGCAUUGGUAUCGACACGCGCAAGUACAUUGAGGGCCUGCUGAGCCUAAAUCGAUGAUUAUUAUAGUGAGCAAGGCGUAAAUCGAACUCACUCAGAACCAAGGAAUAGCAAGCUUGAUGAGAUCAUGGUCAAUAUCCUUUUGUUGCAAUUCUUCAGGGGCUGUCUCGUUUUUUCUCUUCUUACUCUUUAAUUUUCCUUUCUUCUAUUGCGACGGUUAUAGAACCAACGUGUUUGUGACGUUGGAUAUCCCUAUUGCGCAAAGGUGGCACACAUUCAGUCUCUGGAUGCGGAACAUCGGUAUUUGUUGUAUCUCUUCCCUUAUACGCUUGGAUGUCACAACCCCAGAUGUCCUAGCACGCUUUUCAAGGUUCAUUUCACUUCACUUCAUGACACAGCUCGGCAAGCUGACCCGGAGCAUUGAGAAUUGAUGUAGUCAUCAAACAUCGUAAGAUGUAUUCGGCGGAUCCCUAGAUAUAUACAAGAAGCGAAGUCUAUGUGGCUGUCAAGGACCUCAUCCAACUUGACAAAGCCCGGAUAGAAGAAAGAAGCUAAAAGCAACUCGGCGUCCAAAACACGGACCCUCCAAGUCUCCCCUGGUUUUUUGAAGAAAAUGGCCGGUCUCAAUCUGAAACCAGCCUAACAAGCUAAAAACAUCUCAGCUGAGGAGACGCGAGCUAGUCGAGAAGAAAACCCAAUCUCCAAGCUAUCUUUCCCAAUGGGGUAAAAGACGCAACAUAUGUUUGUUGAAGACUCAAAAUUUAUGGACCAACGCGCCGCCGUCAUGGGUAGAGGGUAUAUAGCCAUUUGUGAUGGAGAUAAUCAUGUUGCAUGCACAACACAGUCAGUGUAGAAAAAAAGGAGAAGGUCGUCAAUUCCUGCGGGGGUUCAAGCCCCCAGUUGCAGGAUGGUUAAAGGAUUGAAAGAGAGAAACACAAGCAUCCAUCUUAGGCGAUGGUCCACUUGACGCCGCCCUGUCUGCCAAUGCCCAGAGGGCCGACGAGGUCCAAGAAGGCCUUCUCGCUGAGAUCAAUCUGCUCCUUGGAGCACGACGGGCACUUGUCACGGAUGGUGGCGGUGAUGCUGUGGCCUUCGAACGAGAGGUUGACCUUCUUGUUGCACAUGGGGUCGCCGUUGCUUCCGUGCAUCAGAGCCGAGGAGAUGGCCACGAUGUACUCGCUGUUGUCCUUGCCAGCAUCAUCGAAGCCGCACGCUCCCAGGCCGACGGUGUAGUGAGUCACUUGGCCCGUAAAGCUCAUGGCGCCGCUGCUGCUGUCGCUGCUGGGGGGCGAGGGAGCGACAGGAGCAGGGGGCGAGGGGAUGCUGAGAGGGGCAGGGGCACGGGCGGGCUCAGGUGCCUGCUGGACCUGAGGGGCCGGCUGCGGAGCUUGCUGAACCUUGGGGGCCGCUGGCUCAGGCGCCUGUUGGACCUUGGGGGCGGCCGGGGCAGGAGUCGGGGAUUGCUGGACAGGAGGAGUAGAAGGCGAGGGGGUCUGAGGAGUGGGCGAAGGAGGAGUGGGCGAAGGAGGAGGCGGCGGCGGGGGCGGUGCGGCCUGCGACGACGGGGUGGGUUUGGUGGCCGGGACUGCCGGGGGAGUCGACGAGCCCUCGAAGAACUGACCAGGAGUGGUGGCGGUGUUGAUGACGACAGUCGAGGUCAUGUCGAUGUACUCGGUGGCAGUCUCGGUGACCCACUCGGUGGUCCAUUCAGUGACGAUGUCGCGCUUCCCAACGGCAGCAGCGCCCCUGCGAGCGUGGUGGUGACGGGCAUGGUGGUUGUGGCCGAAAGCAAACGGCUGGGCCAGCGCCGUGGAGGCCAAGGCGGCGACGGAGAGAAUAGUCGUGGAUCGCAUGAUGUACUGUUGUUUCCUUUUUGUGGUUUGACUGUGGAGUCUGUUUGUUUGGGUGAAGAAGCACUACUGAGGGAGUGUGGUGACUUUUUGUUGUUGUUGUUGUUGUGGUUUGUAAGGCCUAGCUUGGCAGUGAUAUAUCGAUGUUGUGUUAUCGAGACUGUAAAGACAGACAAGGUUUGAUGUUCCUGUGCUGUAAAGACAGAAAGUGUGGGUGUAAACUCGACGAGCACUGCUCAGAGUAUGAAAAAAAAAGUCCUGUAGUUUUCUUUGUUCUGAAGGAAUGAACGUCGAGGAUCUUUUUGAAAGAUACCUGACGACGAAGGCGCAAAAAAUGUAUGAAAGGGAUGAAUCUAGACGACAAACGUGCCAAAGGAAGGUGGACAAGGUGAGAGGAGCGAGGGGGGACCUGGGGGCGGCAUUUAUUAUAGUAGAAGACGAUGCUGGACAC